UGCAAGCAGGAUAGCACCGUAGCAAACUAAUUACUCGAGUAGGGUGGUGCGGUGCUUUCGGGCUGCGCGAUGACGAAGAUUUAGGGGAGGGAAAGGAUUCGCGCUGGGCGGGGAUGCAACUAUUGUGAUCCGGGCCUGCUAUUCCAGCCGUAACGUCGUAACCCUUCUGUCGACUCGAUCCUCCUGACUACGGUGCCUACCGAGUGUGGAGUACAUAUCUUACAUUACUCGUACGUACAGCGGACAGGACAUGACAGGCAUAGUAAGGUCUCAUUGACGUGCUUGCCUCCUUCUCAUAUACCGGUACUCGAGUAGGGGAAUAGGGGUGUUUCUUUCCCCCUCAUACGAUGGAGUAAAGGUUAUUUUCCAGGUCUGAAGAGAGAGAAAGAGAGGGGGGGAAGGGAGAGGGAGUUCUUCAGCGGAAUUGGCGAGUAUCUGCGGUGCCGGCACCAGUAUCGAGAGUACAAACCGGAAUUCUGUCCAGCUGUUUCCUCUUCCUUCUUUGUUCGCUAUUAUUGAAAUGUCUGGAGCAGAUAUUUGUCCACGCUACACACCAAAGUUCGAUCCCCUGGGACUCAAUUCCGAUUUUCGACUUACUCGGUGUUGAUAGACUUCCUCAACCAAGAAGGACCUUUCCCUUCCUCCUCCACCAACAUCAUCAUCAUCACCAACAGCAACAACGCCGAACCCGGAGAAGAAACAACUACGUAGUCCAUGAUAACUAUCCAUACCGGAUAGCAUCGUACGCUAUUAUGGCUCAGUUCCUUUUCACCUCAGGUUCCUGCCGAAUUUACCGAAUCGCACACCCCGACCCGAAAAGCGGAAAAAGAAAACAAAAUAAAAAGGAAAAAAAACCAUCCCAUAAUCCGAGACAAUCACUCACAUUCAGUCAUUCCUCUUCACUAAAAAAGAAAGAAAGAGAAAAAAAAGCAACUCAGAAAAAAACCCACCAAUAG